GAAUAGUUGAAAUAGGGAGUUAAUGCACUACAAACGGCCAACAUACCCAUUUACAAUCGACAACAGCCGCGCCGUUAAAAGCAAGAAUAAGUAAAAUGACCGACACUGAUAUGGUGGUUGCUGAAAAGGUAGCAGAACUAGCGAGUCCAUUUGCAGAGGCACGUAUACAACAUAUUGAGGCCUGGAUUUCUAACAGAAAGAAGGUAAUUGAAAAAUUAAAGGCACUUGCAGAUGAGUUAGACGCUGUGCAAAAACGAGUAAAUAUUUCCAAAACAGCUGGUUAUGGGGUUGCAAUUGGCGGCGGUCUUCUUGCGUUUGGAGGAUUAAUAGCAACAAUUCUAACUGCUGGUGUUGGAACCCCAUUACUUAUCGCGGGAGUUGCUAUCGGAGCUUCUGGUUCAAUUACUACAGUUGGGUCAGAAAUCGCCAAAAAAAUUAUCAAUUCAAAAACUGCCAAAGAAGCCGAUGCACUGGUGAAACAAGACAAGGCAAUUAUGGAUGAAAUUGUCAAAAAUGGCGAACGAUUGGAAGAAAUCAUUUCUCAGUUAAUGUCAACAUAUAAGCUUAGUUCAGAUACCAAAGGCAUAUUGACUCUUAUGGCAUAUACCGCAAGUCCAAUUGCUACUGGCAUAACAGCCAAAGGUGUCGUGAAGGCUGGAUCUUCUACAUUAACGGUAGCAGAGGGUUUCGUCAAAAUAAAUAUCAAUGUCGCACGCCUAUUUACUCAAAUGGCGAUUGUGUUAAAUGCAGCGUUUAUUGGGUGGGAUGUGUUUCAACUGGUGAAGACCGCAACACACCUGGCUAAGGGAAGUAACUCAGACAUGGGAGAUAGUAUCAGAAAUGUCAUUGCCGAGCUGCAGAACCAACUCAAUGAUAUCGAAGGUGUAAUUGAUGUAUUACAGUUCGACCCACAGUCGGACUCGGAAACUGACUCAGAUGAAAAACAUCUUUGUGCACCAUACCGAAGGAAGAAAUUUCAAAUAAACACUAAAUUAUAA